CUCAAAGAACUCAAAGCUACAGUCAUUCCACGUGUGCAAGCUCGUCAUACCGACCUCACCCAUCUCAGCCUAUCCAAGUUCGAGUUCCACGCCGAAGCAAUCUUCCUGCUCCCCUCCGUACCCAUCAACGAUGCAAAAAACAUCCCAAGUCACGACACCGUGCGCAGAACAAAGAGGGAGAUCGCGCACAUGCAUGAUUACCAUGACUACACCUUGCAUCUUGCCCUAGCCGCCCAAGAUGGGAAGGAAGUUGUGUCGAAGGGAUGGGGACAGCGACAUCCGCUGGCGGGCCCAGGCGUUCCCGGCCCACCGACAGAGUGGACGUUUAUUUACGCACCACGCAACGAGGAAGAGGUGGCAAUAGUGGAAUUGAUUAUUGAGGCAUCGAUAGGCUAUAUGACCAACGACCCAGCUGGAAAGGUUGUCGUAUAGUUGCGUCGUGGAUAUCGAAGGCUCAACAUUGACUUCCCUUUGGCAUUGUGUUAUUGUAGGGUUGCGAAUGCGUAAACUUUUAAUAGCUGGGCAUAGUUGUCCACUGAGAGCUGACAUUGUUCAGGCGAUGACACUAGCUAGGACCAAAGCUGAUGGGAACUUCCUUCGGAGGCAGAUCAUAAUUAAACACAAAAAUUACAUGUAACGUACCAGGUUCUCACACAUUGCGCUUCACAAACCGGGGCCCUCAGUGACGAGAACUUCGACGAGAUUUCUCCAUCUUUCAAAGUCUUUCGAGCUGUUGGCUAUUCCUUAGCACACCGCAUAUAUGAAAACGAGAUUACAC